AUGACCAAUCAUAUGAAAAAUCACUCUGAAGCACGGCCAUUUAAGUGUGAUGAGUGUGACAAGUGCUUUCGGAAAAAGGCUGAUCUGAAGAAGCAUGAGCCCAUCCACAUGGGUGCGAAACCACACAAAUGCACCAUCUGCGGAAAGGGCUUCACCCAAGCAUUCUAUUGCAGAAUACACAUCCAGUCUCAUGCAAGUGAAAAUAACUUUCCCUGCACUCAUUGUCCAAAGAGAUUCCCAACCCAAUACAAGCUGUCUGUCCACGAGCGCUGGCACACCAUGGAGCGCCCGUUCAUCUGUGAGCAGUGUGGGAUGCGCUUCUUUCAUCCCAGUGGGCUGAAGAGGCACAUGGGCUAUCACAUUGGGAACCGCCCGUUCCUGUGUUCCCAGUGUGGAAAGACUUUUGUUUAUGAGUUUGACCUGAAGAAACACCAAAGGGACCAUGGCCCCAAGCCCAAGAUCCCAUGCCCUGUCUGCCAGAAGGUGUUUGGCAGCAACGGACUCAUUAAGGCCCACAUGUUUACGCACACCUCUGUAAAACCUUACAGAUGUGACAUAUGCGACAAGACCUUUAAACAGAGCAGCAGCUUGAGCAGUCACAAACGGCUGCACACGGGUGAACGCCCUUACCACUGCGACAUGUGUGGGAAGACAUACAAGCUGAAUCAGCACCUGAAGGAGCACAUCAUUAUCCACCACACGGAGGAGGGGCACCCCUGUGACCAGUGUGGAAAGGUCUUCAAGUUACCACGGCUUCUAAAGGCACAUGAGCGGUUGCACUCAGGAGAGCGAUCUGAGCAGACAAGGAAAUACAGUCACACCAGCCGUCGCAGGAGAAAUUCCUCCAAAAGGAGUUGA